AUGCUGAAAUUUCUGUGCUUUACUCUCCUUAUAAGCACAGCAUCCUGUGAUGUGGAUGAUUUUGUGUUACCAAAGUACAGUACAGCAAUGUCACGAGCUGUUAUUGACUAUAUUGUAAAUUAUUUCUAUGAUAAAUCAUCAACUGUUACCAUGUAUCAUAUCUCACAGCCUGAAAAUAUAAAUAAAAAUUUGGAUAUGAUGAAUGAGAUCCUUUAUCAUGUCAAGACGAAAAUUGUCAUACAAGUUGACAGUUUAAUGGAUGUAAAGCUAUCAACAAGGAAGAGAAUCAGCAAUAUUAUUUUCGUAGAUUCAUUUGAAUCUUUUAAAAUAAUCCACGAGAAAAUGGAUUAUAAUCAUUUUGAGUUCCAAGGAUAUUACUUGAUAGUUGUGACAUCGCAUGUUUAUGAUAUCUAUUUGAAAAUGAUGAGAAUAUUUGAAGCUUUGUGGACGAACAAGAUUAUAAAUGCAAAUAUCUUGUUUAUGCCACAGGAAAACACAAAUGAUGCAAUUCUGUUCACUUACUUUCCGUACUCAAAUUAUUACUGUGAAAAUGUUGUUCCUAUUCAACUGAAUCACUUUCGUGGAGAUUCUUGGAUGAGGAAAAUUAAUUAUUUUCCAAGAAAAUUGUCAAACUUUUUUGGAUGUCACUUGCGCGUUGCUACAUUCAAUAAUCCACCAUUUAUGAUAAUCAAAGAAGAUGAAAAUGGAGUUAUUACAGUUGAUGGUGUUGAAGGUAUACUUCUACGAGUCUUAUCGCAGCGAUUCAAUUUUAAUGUCGAUUUAUACUUGCCACAAACAUUAUGGGGAUCAAUCUAUAAGAAUGGAACAUCCACUGGUGCGGUUAAGAUGAUUGUUGAUUCGGAAGUAAAUUUUACUUUAGGAUUUUUUGCUUCAAUACCAAUACGAGAUGCUGUCAUGCAACCAACUUCUGUUUAUUAUACCACAAAUCUUGUCUGGAUGGUUCCACCUGGAAAACCUCAGAUUGCUCUGGAAAAAUUGACUAAUCCCCUUCACAAAGUUGUUUGGAUCAUGUCAUCAGCAACAUUUAUAAUUGGAUUUGUAGUCAUUGUUGUGGUUAAAAUGCAGCCUUUAAUCAUCCAGCAGUUUGUGUUUGGCAAUAAGACUCAAAGUCCAGCAAUGAAUUUUAUCAGUGUUGUAUUGGGUAACUCACUUCAUCAAGUUCCAAUGAGGAACUUUUCAAGAUUCUUACUUGUAUCUGCAAUGAUUUACUUCUUUAUCAUUAGAACCUGCUACAUUAGUGGUUUGGUGAAGUUCAUGCAGAUGGAUACAAGAGGUCAGCACUUAAUGAACACAGCUGAAAUGGUCAGAGAUAACUUUACAUUUUAUAUUAUGGGUGCAUCUCGUGAUUACGUCCUGGAAAUGCCAGAAAUUUUAGAAAGAGAAAAGACGCUCCUAGUUCACGAAUUUAAUUCAAAGUUGCUGGACAUGAUUGUUGAUCCUUAUUAUGACGGAGCAUUUCUCACAUCCAUUGAUCACUUAGCUUAUCGUAAUUUUAAAGUAUAUCCAAAAAUGUUUCACGAAUUUGCACCAACACCUGUUUUUACACUUAAUAUUGUAAUUUAUAUGAACUUGGGGUCGUGCUUAAGACUUUAUUUUGAUGAGAUGUUAAUGAUGUUAGUCAGUAGUGGAUUGAUCAAUAAGUGGGCAUCAGGAUUCAUUGACAGCAGAUAUCUCAAAAAACCUGUUGAUGAUGAAUUGAAAAUCUUGAGUUUAGAUCAGUUGGAAGGAGCUUUUCAGCUACUUGUCGGUGGAUUAUUUAUAGGAUUUGUUGCAUUUUGUUUUGAAAACUUGAUUGGAAGGAAUCUCUUCAAUAAGUUUAAAAGUGUGGUAGCUAAGGAGCUUAGUAAUUGUUAA